AGAGGAGACCAAAGAGGGGGAGAAAACCUUUUAAAAGGACAUGAAAAUGUAUGAUUUGUAGCUCAACUACCCUUCUUCUUCAUUGAGUUCACAAUAGUCCUUAUUAUCACCUCAGAAAAAGACUCAGAGAGAUGUCUUCACAUAAGGUUUCAAAGGAGAGAAUCGCUUUCCUUGAGAGGGAGCUGAAAUUCCUGGAUACUUUUCUCGUCUUGCAGAGCCAAAGAGUUGCAUGUGAUGACAUGCCAGAAUAUGCCACACAGAAAGCCCAAGCUCUUCUUAGAAACUCCAGAGUUGCCCUCUCCUCCCUUGACUUGACCUCUCCAAAUACUUCUCAAGUUGUCCAGCAGAUGGAAGAUGAUAUUCAGAUGACUAAGCUGGAAAUCAGAGCUAACUACUCUUUUCACAAGACAUCAUUACAACUCUCAGCCAGCAGGGAUGAAAUUGCUGAUCCAAGAUUUGUAGAAGAUUUCAUGGAUAUUGUUGCAGCACAUAUUCAUGAUCUAGUGAAGAUUGAUGAUGCCCCUUCACUACAAGAGGUAUUAAAGGAGUUGAAGAUGCUGAGAAGUUUUAUCCGGUUUGUGUCAGAACGAUGCAAUGAGCCUCAGAACCAACACACUUUCUUCACUCACGCUUUGGUGGUGGCUGGCCACGUAGCAAUGCUUGUCUGGUUGUAUUUUACAGGACGUGACUACAAAAAUAAAGAUUUGGCUUUAGGUGAAAUCAAUGUACUGGUUUUCUUGCAAAUGAAGAUUAAGCCUAUUCGUCCAAGGAUCCGUGAGAUCUAUGUUGCAGUCCUGAAAGCUUUGAAGUCGACAAUACAAUCAGGAUGGCACCCCGACAUAAAAAAUGAGCAUGUAGCUGACUCUGAAGCCAGCUUUAUUGAUACUAUCCUACAUAAUCUGCUGGGGCUAUCAACUAAUAGUAGUCCAAGUCGAAUAGUCGCUUUGAAGGACCAAAUGGAAAUCCUCCAGGAGAUGCUCAAGCUCUUGAGAGCCAAUAUCAUCCACAUUCCAAUACAAGAUCUUGAAUUUCAUCUUUCAGACAUCAACAAUUUUAUAGUUGAUGCUGGACUUCUUGUUUACUCAUUAUAUGAUAGCGAGGAGGAGGACAUGGCUUCGGGAGAAGUGAAUCAAGCGCUUCUUGAUUUACCUGGCAACAUUCAUCAGAUCAAGGCAAUCAUCUACUUCAUCAUUCGCAAGCCAUUUCAAUCUAACUUGCCAAUGAUUCAUGGACUAGGCUAUGUUGAUAUCCUUUUAAACAAACUGGCUGAGUUCCAAGCCCACUAUGCAGAUUCACUAGUUCGUAUCCAGAUGCAUCUUCAAAUAAUUCAAAAUCAACUUAUGAGUUUGCAGCCUUUUCUAGAGGCUGUUGCAGAAAAGAGACACAGUAUGUUUGAAAGGCAACAUUAUGCUACGCUAUUAAUCGGCAAAGCUUAUGAGGUAGAAUACAUACUUGAUGCAGCUUGUAUAAGCAAAGAAAUUCCUUACUGGUGUCUCGAGUGUUGGCUUAUAGAUAUCGGGAAGGAGAUUAGUCUCAUCAUAGCUGAGAUACCAAUGAUUCAGGACACAAUGAAUACUAACAUUGGUAAUACGUCAUCACAAUUGGACCGGACCCCAAAUUUGAAUGAUGAAAUUGUGGGUUUUGAGGAUGAGAUUGCCAAACUAAGAGCUCGGCUUACAGAAGGAACAAAAGCGCGAGAUGUUAUCUCAAUAGUUGGUAUGCCUGGACAAGGUAAGACGACUUUGGCCUAUAGACUCUAUUCUGACAAGUCAGUUGUCGCUCACUUUGAUAUUCGUGCACAGUGCUCUGUGUCUCAGUUAUAUUCGCGUCUGGACUUGGUUUUGGCCAUCCUACAUGAUGCUGAUCAACGUAGAGACAAGUCCAUCUUACAUGAUGCUGCCGGUGAGGAUUCUCAGCGUAGAAAAAUGCGAGAAGAUGAUUUAGCUGAUGACCUCCGAAAAAACUUAUUGCCCAAAAGAUAUCUUAUCCUUCUUGAUGAUGUGUGGGAAACUAGUGUGUGGGAUGAUUUAAGAGGUUGUUUCCAGGAUGCCAAUAAUGGAAGUAGAAUCAUUAUAACCACAAGAGAUCAUGAAGUUGCCAAUUACAGUAGAUGCCAUAGUGAACCCCUUCAGCUUCGUAUGUUUAACGAUGGUGAAAGCUGGAUGUUACUCAAGAAGAAAGUGUUUGGUGAAGAACACUGCCCCCCUCUCCUAACAAAUGUCGGGAAAAAAAUAGCAAAAAAGUGUGGCAAGCUGCCUCUUUCAAUUGCUUUGGUGGCAGGUAUUCUCUCAGAGAUGGAGAAGAAAGAGGAAUACUGGGAACGUGUGGCUGCAAAUUUAGGUUCCCACAUUCACAGUGACUCAAAGGCCAUUAUAGAACAAAGUUACCAGAAUUUACCGUAUCAUCUGAGGUGUUGCUUUCUUUAUUUUGGAUCAUUUUUAGAGGAUACCAUGAUCAGUGUUUCGAAGUUAACAAAGUUAUGGACCUCGGAAGGAUUUAUAAAGGGCUACGAAGGCAAGAGUCCAGAGGAUAUAGCAGAAUGUUAUUUGGAGAAUCUUAUCACUAGAAAUCUAGUGAUGGAUGCUAAGAGGAGUUUUGGUGGUAAGAUUAAAGCAUGCCGCGUUCACGACCUGUUGCAUGAUUUCUGCAAGGAGAGAGCAAAGGAAGAGAAUCUUCUACUUUGGAUUGAAUGGGGGAGAAUUAAUCCCAUGUGUUACUCACACAAGCAACUAGCUCAACGUCGCAUGUCCAUUUAUGCUAGAGUGAAUACUCUUGAAAGAUGGAGUUCAUCUUGCUCACUUGUUAGCUCUGUAAUUUUUCAUAACUAUUCUUCAAUUGCUCAGGCCUCCCACAUUUUUCACAGGUUUAAGUUUCUAAAAGUUUUGGAUUUGGAGUUGGCCGAAAUUGAUUCUUUGCCAACGAAUCUAGUUCACUUGAGGUACUUUGCUGCAGGAAUUGAUCAGAAGUCAAUCCCAUCAUCCAUAUCCAAUCUUUGGAACCUUGAAUAUCUGAUACUAAAAAGUAGUCAAAGAACAUUGUUUUUACCAAAUACACUUUGGAAGCUGGUUAAAUUGAGACAUCUUGACGUUUCCGCUUCAAUUAGAACUUAUGUCACUAAAAAUAAAGCACAAGAAUUACCUGAGACCUCCUCGAAACUUUAUGAUUUGGAAACUCUUUCCUAUCCAUAUUUUUCUUGUGUUGAGGAUGUGGAAUUGAUGUUGAGAAAAACACCUCAUCUUCGGAAACUAAAAUGCAUGUUUAUGGGUACUCGAAGCUAUCAGUACCCUGUCGUGGAGUUCCCAUCACGGCUUGAGACGCUGAAGAUUAUCCGGCCACACUUGGAAUGGAAUCUUUUUUAUCCAGAGCUUCACCUCUCUUUGUGCAUCUCCUCGCCUAAUACCAAAAACUUGACUGUAUCCAACUUUUACCUGGUCCAUUGGAACUUAUCAAACAUUGGUCUGCUUCAAAAUCUUCAGGUGCUCAAACUGAAGGCAGUAUACUUUCAAGAAAGGCAAUGGGAAGUGAGCAACGACGAGUUCCUACAACUCAAGGUCUUGAAACUAGUAGAUUGUGUUUGGUUUCACGAAUGGACUAUCGAGGAUGAUGCUUUUCCGAGCCUUGAACAUUUGGUACUGCGUGGAUGCAAACGUCUUAAGGCAAUCCCAUCUUGUUUCGGUGACAUUAGCUCUCUAAUGUCCAUUGAGGUAAGGAAAUGCAACGAAUUUGUCGUCAACUCAGCCAGGGAAAUCUUUAACACACAAGUUGAAGAUUAUCAGAAUUCUAGUUUCAAGGUCAUCAUCCUCUAAACAGAUGAUGAUUCGAAUUCAGGGAGGAGAAAGAGAGGUGCUGAUGGACUACAGCUGAUGCGAAAGGUUAUGUUCUUUAUUUAACAUGGUUUUAUCUAGAAACUGUAGUAGAUAUAGGAAGAUAAGGGAACUUCUUGUGCUUCGUAAUUGUAACUAAUUAGAGUAUCAAUAUCUUUACAGUAGUCUAUCUCUAAAACUUCUGUGAGUUAUGACAAUCUGAAGCAGCUUCCAUUUAAUGUUUCAAGAAAACAAUAAAAAUAAUAGAUGAACUUAGGCGA